CAAUCAGCGCCGCUCUGGCCGAACACGUCACGAACAGCCAUGGUGGCCAUGAGCGCUUUGCGGGCGGCUGCUGCUUUCACAGCCCGAUUAAAUCCCUUAAAUCGGGCAAACCAAGCUGCACAUCUCCUUUCCAGGGCAGUAGUGCGCUCGGAUCAAGUUGCUGUUCGCUAUGGAAGCCAUGGAAAGAAAAUGUUUAUCAUCAAGCCUACUGACUUCUACGACAGAAGGUUUCUCCAUUUGCUGAAAUAUUACAUACUGCUCACUGGGAUCCCUGUUGCUGCAUUUGUGACAUUUGUGAAUGUUUUCAUUGGUGAGGCUGAGUUGGCUGAAAUCCCAGAGGGCUAUGAGCCUGAAUAUUGGGAGUACUACAAGCAUCCCAUUACUAGAUGGAUUGCUCGUAACAUCUAUGACAGCCCAGUGAAGGACUAUGAGAAAAUGAUGGCCCUUAUUCAAAUUGAGGCCGAGAAGGCUCAAAUGAGACAAAAACAACUCGAGGUCCGGAAACACAUGAGAGAAAAAGGAGAUGGGCCUUGGUUCCAUGUUGAGACGCUUGACAAGAGUCUGAUCGACCAGGGUCACAAGGCAACACCUGAUGAUUAACGCUGGUACCUAUCACCUGGGACCUGUGAAAAAAUAUUAUCAUUAUACAAUGUAUAAUGCGUAUUGAUAUUUGUGCAAAUAUUUGUGUUUUUUGCCAGUGGCAGCAAUAAAGUGUAAUACUACUAUAA